GCCAGGAAUAAAUUGACUUAAAAAAAAAAAAAAAAAAAAUCUCUAAAAUGGAGAGAGGAGCAAAUGGACUAUCUUCUAUAAAAGCAGAUGAUAUGCAACACUUAAAAGAAACCAUCUAUUCCUUACUUUGUGAAAUAUGGAAGGAAAGAUGAAGGUCUGGGUUGUGGUGGCGACAUGGUUGAGCUGGACUGUUAUUUUUGGAUUGGCUAGGUUUAUUUGCCCAUUGGCAAUCCAUAACCAUACAGUCGAUGCAAUUCCCUCUGUAAGCUUUACUAUUAGUCGUAUCCCCGAUGAUGAUAAGACUGGCUACAAACAACUUAUGGUCGAUCUUCGAAACAAGUUGGCUUCCGGUACAACCAGCAACGGAGUACCAGUUUUACGCACCACAGCUUCAAAAGAAGCCAAAUAUCUUUUAGUCAAUAUAAUAAAUACAGGAAAUAAGGAAAUCACAUUAGGAUUAAAUGUUAUUAACGCAUAUGUUUUGGCCUAUAAAGUGGGAGAUAAUUCCUAUUUCUUUAACGAUCCAACAGAAUUGAAGGACGCACAAACUUAUCUUUUCAAAGACACAAAGCAAAACACCAUAAAAAUGACAGGUAGCUACGACUCUCUCAAAGCUCAAGGAGGAGAUCGAGAAACAAUGGAUAUAGGAAUUGGGCAAUUAGACUCUCACAUUUACACACUCCAUAAAUCGACAGCGUUAAAAGACAUUGCUAAGCCUCUUGUUUGCAUUAUUCAAAUGGUUUCAGAAGCUGCCCGAUUUAAAUACAUUGAGAAGAAAAUAAUAGAUGAAGUUGAGGGAGGUUUUACGCCCAAACUUGAUGUAAUCAGUCGCGAGAACAACUGGGGAGGCCUUUCAGAAGGAAUUGAAAAUGCUGACAAAAAUGGAAAGUUCAAAACGACAGUUCGAUUGCAAAACGAAGAUAGUUCAGCGAAGGUUAUUUCUAAGGUUGAUGAAAUAAUAGUAGAGAUGGGAGUUUUGUUGUAUGUAAAGAAGAAAAGCUACAUUCCAAGCUUUGAACAAACAAUAUUUGGAAUUGGAAACCUUAUCCUCAACCAAAUCAACUUGCUGCCUCGGCUUUAAUUAUUAUUACAUAAGUCACGUCAAAUAAAGGACAUACCUUAUUAUUGUU